GUCACACUCCAAAGAUCCACGCUACCUACAGCUUCUGAAUAAGCUCGCAGGGUUCUUUUUUAGUUUCUUCACCCAUCGAACGUAAACUCUUGAGACCAGAUGUCUUCGAAUGCCCUGAAAUCUGGAAAGUUAAGUGCUUACACAGCAGUCAAAGUAGACCCCGAUGGGGACUAUUGCACCCCUGGAGCAUUUGACCUGGAGAGGCUCUUCUGGAAAGGCAGCCCAAAGUAUACACACGUCAAUGAAGUCUGGCCCAACCUCCACAUAGGAGAUGAGAAAACGGCACUCGAUCGCUAUAGUCUCGAGAAAGCGGGCUUCACUCACAUCCUCAACGCAGCCCACGGCCGGUGGAACGUGGACACGGGACCAGAAUACUACAGCGACAUGAGCAUUGAGUACCACGGGGUGGAGGCGGACGAUCUCCCCACCUACAACCUUAGCCAGUUCUUUUACUCAUCUGCUGAGUUCAUCGAUAAAGCACUUCAGAACGACACAAGCAAGGUUCUAGUGCACUGUGCCAUGGGCCGCAGCCGCUCAGCUGCCUUGGUUCUCGCAUAUCUGAUGAUUUACAAGAAUAUGACAGUGGUUGACGCCAUAGAUCAAGUGCUCAAACACAGGUGCAUUCUCCCAAAUCGCGGCUUCCUGAAACAGCUCAGAGAACUGGAUAUAAAGUUGGCCCUGGAGAGGAGGAAUGCCACAAAUGGGAUAGACUCUAACAGAGACCGGGAGACCAGCACAGAGAUGGAGAUAUAACAUUCCCACUUUUCCAGAAAACAAGUAGCAAAAAAAGAAU